UUCUAUAUUUACUAUCUUUCACUAAGAAUAGGAUAAGGCCUAUUCUUUUGGCCCUUUCCAGUGUUUGUAUUUUCUUGUUCUCUUCUGCUUCUUCCCAACUAAGAUUGCCUACUUCGCUUUGCUAAUUCCCCUUUCUUUCUCAUGUGCUGUCUGUCAGUCUGGACUACAAGCAAGCAAGUUGACAUGAUCCCUCCCUUGCAUGCUCUCCCAGUACUUCUCCCAUUCUCUGUCAGUAUGGAUUGUAAAUCCUGAGCUUUCUGCUUAUCCUUUUCAUCACUUUCUUUCUCUGCUUGCAUUUCUUUAGCACCCACUUGUAAGAUUCUAUAUUUAGUCGAUCGAUUAUUCAUUGCACGGGUUCGUUUAUGUUCUUGAACCAUUACUCUUCGUUCAUGAAAGAAGCUGCUGACAUGGCCAUUCCCCACUUGUUCAGAUGCCCAAUUAGUCUAGACUUGUUCAAAGAUCCAGUCACUUUAUGUACAGGCCAAACAUAUGACAGAUCAAGCAUAGAGAAAUGGCUGGCUGCUGGUAAUCUCACCUGUCCGGUCACAAUGCAGAAGCUCCAUGAUCCAUCCAUUGUUCCCAAUCACACUCUUCGCCAUUUGAUUGAUCAGUGGCUUCAUAUGGGUGACCAGUUUGAUCCCGAUUACUUGGCGACGAUUGAUUCUUUAGCUUCUCUCAAAUACAGCCUUGAAUCUCAUGAAGGCACCUUGGAAGACAAGCUCCAAACACUCAAAAAGAUUCGAGAAUUAUCCGAAGAAUCACCAUCUGGGAAUUCUUGUUUGCUCCAAUUGGGUUUUUUACCUUUAUUUCUAGAACUGGUUUUUGGAAGAGUAAAGGCCAAACUCUCCCAAGAUUGUAUAACGUUUGUUGACCUUGCACUUUCUUGUGCUGUAAGAUUGUUGCAUCCGGGUGGAUUGGAGUCUCUGAAUAUGCUAAAAGAAGAGUCUAAGUUAGCAUCAUUCCUUGAUUUAUUAGAGCAAGGCACUGCCGUGGUCAAGAUAAGCUUGUGCCAUCUUUUAGAGUUAAUAUCAUCAUCAUCAUCUUUGGAGACAAAAGAGCUUUGUGCAAUGCUUGGAAGAACCCGCGAACUCUUGCAUGGAUUGGUUCUUCUCGUUAGCCAUGAUUCUGAGGCUUCUGAGGCUGGAAUCAAAGCUUUAACAGCAUUAUCUUCCUUGCAAUCUAAUCAACAGAACUUGGUUAGAGAAGGUGCCAUAGACGGACUCAUAACAUAUAUCUUGCGUGCUGAAAGACGUGAAAAGAACUUGGCACCAAUGGCAGUGGCAACACUAGAGAAGCUUGCAGAAAUAGAAAGUACAAAAGAAGCAUUGAUUAACAACCCAGAUGGGGUGAAUGCUCUUGUUAGGAUGGUUUUCAGGGUUUCAGAUCACGAAGGCAGUGAGAGUGCAGUUAGCUUGCUUAUGAUCAUAUGUUAUGAUUCCUUGCGAGCACGGGAAGAAGCAAUUGGUGCCGGAGUUUUGACUCAGCUGCUGUUACUCUUGCAAAGCCAGUGCAGUGGUAGGACCAAAACAAAGGCGAGAAUGCUGCUCAAGCUGCUUAGAUCCAAGUGGGCUGAAGACUCUCACCGGGUCUAGAUCAUUACAUGAUAAAAUUAUGCAUGGUUACUCGAUGUUCGUCGCCUAUCAUGUGGGGUCUUGAUUAUAUUCUAUGUGGUCAUCAUGUAUUGGAUUCUCUGAAACUUACAUAUGUGUAUAUAAAGAAGAAUCAAAUUCCUGUUAUAUCAUCAAUAAUUGAAAAUUCAUAAACUUUAAAAGCA